GCCAGUUAAAUAGAGGUUUGAGAUAAUAACAAAAAAAAGGGGGUUUGAAGACAACGACAGCUCUAUACUAAGGUGCAGUGUGAGUGAAAUGGAAAAUGACAGUGGUAAUCAAUAAUUUUGUGCUGUACUCACUUGUUUUACAACCUGAAAAAUAGUUAUAGCAAUAAUAACAAAUACACAUACUUCAUCAGUUAUAAAAAAAAGGGCUGAGAAAUCACACCUUUACCACAUAGCAGGAAAAGCAAUAUGUGUGUACGUGUGUGCGUGCUAUUACUGGAAACAUCAUGUGACUGUAGACUUAACAGGGUUCUUUGAAUGAGGCUUUUUAAUUAGUUCUAGCUGACUGUCAAAGACAUCGUGCUUGACAAAUAUGCCGUGCAUUUUACAGCUUUGGAUAUGUUUUAGUGCUCUGGUGUCUUCAAACGCUCUGGAUCGUUGGAACACAAGAUGUACAGAGGUCACCAUCAGCGCCUCUCUGAAAUCAGAAGUCUUUCUCCCUUGUCACUUUAAUAAAAGCUUUGACGAUGAAACAGUGAAAUGGAGCAACUCUUCCAAUGAAUCUACUCUUCUAAGGAUCAAGAAUAAUGGCUUAUUCUACCUUGAUAGUCCUAGAGAAGGUCGAGUGAGUGUUUUACCCCUUCUAUUCAAAGACGGCAACUUCUCCAUCCUCAUCCGUGAUCUGGAGCUUUCAGACUUCGGCCCGUACUUUUGUGAGCUGAACCGUGAAUGCUGGAGAGUGGAGAUCACAGAACGUCUAAUUGAGAAAACUGUGGAGGUGAACUCUUAUAAACCCUCGUUGUUCUUUUUUGCUGGAGCUGGACUUUUCACUCUUCUUUUUAUUGUAUUUCAUCGCACUGGCUUACAUAACCGUUGUGUGAGAUGUAUGAGAUCAUCCAAAUGUCACUCUAUUAAUGAAGAACACAAUGAAGAACAUGAUUCUUCAAAUCAUUCUUCUAUCCAGCAGAGAGCAUUCAGAACUCCAGAUCCAAAUGACUCUACCAUGACUACAGUAUACUAUGUCAACCAGGCAUAAUGCUGCAAUAGAAGAGAUGCUGACAACAGUGGAAAAUUAAAGAUUAUCAAUAUGUCAUCUGUUUUGAAAUGUUUUUUCUAUUUUCAUUUAUUGAUUUCCGCUUUUAAAAAAUGGUUGAUGAUAUACCAAUUACAUUUGUAAACCACAUAUGUAAAAUUGAUGUGCAAAUUAGCUUUUCCUUUGAAACUAUUUACAAGUGAUCUGCACAAAUCAUUUAAAUGCAAACAAACAAGAACACUGUUUGGUUGUGUAAUAUUUAGGCUACUGUAUAUUAAAUGUAUGUCAGCUUCUCUAUAUUUUAGUCAUCUUUGUCUACAAUUUCUGAAAACGUUUAUUUAUUCUUAGGCUAUUUGAGAGUUGGGGUAAGCUGUGGGGAAAAAAAAAAAAAAAAAACUUGUCAGGUUUACUUUUAGUUUACUUUUUGUUCAUGUGUUUUGUCUUUUGUGUCUCCAGUUCAGUUUAGUCUUGAUUAACCCUAGUUAUAUUAUGAAAAUUGGUAUACAAAUAAAUGUGAAAUGAAUUGAAUUAAAUUAUUUCCCUUAGUUAUUACAUUCACCUGUUGGUCAUUUGUAUUUAAACAAUUCCUCUGUUCAUUGUUCCAUCCGAGUUUUAAGUUGUUGCUAGUUCUUCUAAGUGUUCUUGUUCUGGGUCAUUGGAUUAAAGACAGUUUUUGUCAUAUUCUCCUGUGCUUCACUGCAGCAAUGCAUGAGAAUAGGCUACAUUUACAUUUAAUAUGGGCUGGAACUUCCCUACUGUAAUGAAUCGUCAUUCAGGCUGGGAUCUAUUUGCAUGCUUUAUUAAACAAGAUCG